GCGGACGAUAUCCAUACUGAGAUCGGAGUUGUUUGCCGUAAUAUCCGAAGGCUACUCAGGGAGACAGGGAAUGGAACAUGGCAGUACGUUCCAAGAGAAGGAAACAUGGCAGCACACAUCAUGGCCCAUACUGAGACCAGAUGGAAUGAGAGGGAGGUUUGGUUAGAUAGACCCCCUAUGAUCCUUGUUGAUCAGCUUAUAUUGGAUAAUGUAGCCGUGACGUCUGAUCAGUUUUAUACAGAUUCGAUAAAAAAAAAAAAAAAAGAAUAUCGACGGUCUAUCAACCCAAUCUUCACAUACUCCUUCUGUUACAGCUUUACAAGCACCUUUCACAUGUUCGUGCGUACCUUUCAUUAA